AUGACUUUAGUUCGGCAAUCAUUUCGGAAAAUUACCCCCCCUGGAUAUUUGUUUUGUCCAAGACGGUCCUUCUCUCAAGCCAUCUCCCUCCCAUCACCCAUAGAGGAGGAACAAUGUCCUACUUACAAUCCUAAGAAAUAUUAUCCCGCUCGCAUUGGGGAGACCGUUGGUCGGUAUCGCAUCGUUUCGAAGCUCGGCUGGGGUGCUAGUUGCACGGCUUGGCUGGCACAAGAUGUUUCUCGUUGGCGAUUUCAGUCGCCCCGAUACGUAACCUUGAAGAUCACAAAUCUCAGAGAAGGGGAAAAGAAAGCCACGGAAGAAGAGAUAGCAAUCUCGCAGCAUAUUGCUGCCUUGAAGUCUGAUAAUGAAGCUAUACGAUACGUCCGGUUGAUCAAAGAGUCGUUUUUGGUGCAAGGGUCUAACAGGCAACAUAUUUGCUUGGUAUUCGAACCAUUACGAGAGCCCAUUUGGUUUCUUGGAAGACACCCUGGGAGAGUCGGCGUGCCUCCAAACAUUGUCAAGGCAUUUUUGCGGAUCUUACUUCAAGGUCUAGACUUUCUCCACUCCGAGUGUCAUGUUAUACACACUGACCUGAAAGCUGAUAACUUCCUUAUUGGCUUUGAACACGCUAAUGUUAUCCAACGAUAUGUCCGCCAGCAAGAGCUCGAUCCCGCACCGCAUGUAUUUCGGAAUGGGCGGCUUGUAUAUCAUUCUAGACCAGACUUUGGGCCACUGACGAAGGGGGUAUGUUUAAUAAAGAUCUGUGACUUCAGCGCUGCCGUCUUCGAUGAUUGA